CUUAUCGUUAUCAGUGCCUCAAUGUGUCUUCUUUCCUCAUUUUCGCAAGUCGCCUUCGGUUUCUUUUCAUUCAUGAGUCAUUGUUAGUUCCAUUUCAUGCACCUCUAAAAAAAUUCGAAUAUUUGUCAAUAUUAGGCUUCAUAGUUCUUUAUCAAAUCAAAGUGUACUUUUACCUCAGCAGGUGCUUAUUAAAUCUUCAUGGUUACUCAUCCAAGUGUCGAGUAAAUUUCCAUUUUUAUUUCACGUGACAGAGGGAGCUAUUAACGAGUUUCUCGAGGCUUUAACUAAACUCGUUACCUACCUAGUUACCCCAGUAUCGUGUUUAAAGUUCCUCCUCUCUACGCCUUUAUCUGUUCAAGAAUUCACUUUAUCUCCUCCACUUUUUCUUCAAUCUCGCAGCGAAUUGGCUUGAGUUUGAAGUACUUGCCUCUGUGUAGUGCUUGAUUCCUUGAUUAAUUCAUUUUUAAUGAUCCAAUAAAAGUGCCUGUUCAAAGUGUUUCCUAAAAUGUCAUUGCCCUUGAAGUCUCUACUCUUUGAAAAGGCGGAUUUGGUAUGCCCUCCGCUGGAAGAAGUUGCCAAAGUUUUGGAGAAAGGCUUGUCUGCUAGUUUUAAGUCUGCCACAGUGGAGGUUGUGGAUUGUCCAGAUUUGACACAAGAACCAUUUCACCUCACUUCGAAAGGUUUGGGUGGCUCUCCCAGUCUCUUAGAAAUCGGUGGACCUCCAUACUUAUUACCUCUUGUAAAAAGAGACAAAGUGUAUGAUUUAAAAGAGGUACCGGAACUUCUUGGAUCAAAAUCUGUGGCUGUAAUCGGAGCAGGAGCAGGGCCUUGGCCGUAUGCAGGAACGAAUUGUGAAGGUGUCUUUAAUCUCAGUAUAAACAACGGGAAAGUUACCAAUGGAUCAAGAAUUGGAAAAGUUGAUCCAGCCACUGGGACCAAGCACCACGCAGAAAUCUUACCAGACAAUGAAACCCGGUGUGCCUUGCUAGCUAACCUUUUUUGCUCAGAAGGGAAAACUGACAAGGUACUGAAAGUUCACUGCAAGGGAAGAACAGACGAUAUGGACUUCAUAACCACUGUGAAACUGGCAAUUCAUGCAAAAUACAAGGACCAACCUAUAGGUUUUGGUGGCGCCUUUCUUUUGAAAGAGGGUAAAGUCAAACAACACGUCAUGCCUGAUUUCUCUAAAACGCCAAUCAACUCGGAUGAGGAUUUGAAUAAAUGGUUGAAAUUUUUUGAGAUGUCUGCCCCUUUAGUUGCUGUAGGAACUUUUGCCACGUGUGAUCCUGGUUUGGAUUUAAGGCUGCAGCAUUUCCAUAGCUUUGGCCUUCACGGUGAGGCUGGACACUACCACUACGACACAACGCCAGAAACUGUUGAAUAUCUGGGGUACUUCUCCUUAGCCAAAGUUGUCUACCGGCUUGAUCGGCCAGCUGAAACUCACCAAUUUGGCCGGGACGAAAUGUAUCCUGAUUAUUAUAUUUCAAAAUUUUUGCUCCUUUUUUAUCACUUCAAGAGGAUCCCAUCCCUCCCUUCAUAUUCCUACUUCAAAGCUCUCCAAAAGAAAUUAUUAGAAAAUUUUGCAGAAGCCCAAGUAGACGUUGUCGAUUGCCCCAAUUUGGCGGAAGACCCCUUCUACCUGAACAAAGAAGGUAUUGGAGGCAGCCCAAGUUUAAUUUCAUGUGGCACAGUGACUAACUUUGUUCCGAAAUUAAAAUUAGAGCGGACUUUUAACCUGAAAAUGUUUCCACCACUUGCUGGACUUGAAUCUGCAUCUUUUAUCGGGACUGGAAUGUACCAUUGCCAUGAAAGCGGCUAUCUGCCAGAGACAACUGUAAACGCUUCUAUCAGCAAAGGAGAGCUUGAUAUUAACAAAACUGUGGGAUUGUACAUGGAUAAAAUCAGCAAAAAACACAUCUUAAAAUCUGCUCCUAUCACACUGGCAGAAUUUCCAUGUCUUCUUGAUUUACUUUUUUCCAAAGGUGAGAAAAGUAAGGUUUUACGAGUCCAUUGUUCUAAAAGAACUGGCGAGUUCUCGUUACCGUCAAUCUUAAGAAAUGGUCUCAGAACUCAUUUUCCUGAUAAAUUAAUAGGACUUGGUGGAACAUUUUUAGUCAAGCAAGGAAUGGCCACAUGUCAUGUCAAUCACCUGUCCGAAAACGAUCAAUUUAGGGAAGUUUCAUUUGAAGAAUUUUUCAAAGAUAGCUGCACUUUUAUCAAUAUGUCAGCCCCCUUAGUUGCUGUCGGAGAGAUCAUUUCACAAGAUCCAGGUUUAGAAUUAAGACUGGAGCACUUUCACUGCUAUAGUAAUCAUGGCGAUGGGGGUCAUUUCCAUUACGAUACAACACCAGAAUCUGUCGAAUACUUGGGCUAUUUCUCUAUUGCAGAGACAUUGUAUCGCAUCGACUAUCCAGAAAAUAUACCCUAACAUCGAAUCCCAUCAGCAUUGAGUUCAUUCUUUUUUAAUUUGUUCUUUUCCUAAUUUAAGGCUGAGGUGCAUUUUUUUUUUUAUUGUUUCAGAAUAAGCCUCUGUAUUCAUUGUCGUUUAGUAAGGUAUAGCAUCUAAAUGAAAUAGAAAUCUGUUUACCUACA